ACAAACGUCCCCCGUGCAUUGCUUGGUCAUACGAAUGUAAGACCAAUGAAGGACAGACAGGCUUGAUGUUUUGAAGCCAUUUCAAGUAUAGAGCCAUAACGCUGUUUGAGUAUCCUGAAUUUCUUUGUCAGAUCGUUGCUUGGUUGGCCGGAAGAUUUUAUUCGUACCACAGCGGUACUUCAAAAUGAGUGGUUUAUGAUGGGCUGCAUUUUGCCUCCACCCACAUUUUCCCGCUUUCCUUCAUGCUUGAUGUUUUUUCCAUUUCGAACUCGUUCAAAGUAGUAUCUUUUCACGGUAGCGACCUCCCCCAUUUCACGCCAAGCGAUAGAGACUAUUGGCUGAAGGUCGUUGACGAUCUUGGCGCCAAAUCUGCAAAGGCUCAAAAUCUGCCUCGGCCUAUAACGACGUCUGAAAAACUUUUGCGGACAGCCCAACAUCAUCGAGUAUACAUAGCUCUCGAAGGUUGUCAGUUCAAACCAAUCGGGUUGGGUAAAGUCGGCAAGAAGCGAAUAUUCCAUCUCAGCGAUGAUAACGACACUGUUGAGCACUUGACUUGCCAGUGUCUUCUCGACUUUUAUAUUGAAGAAGACUUCCAGCGGCAUGGAUAUGGUAGGCUGCUAAUGGAUGCAAUGAUAAAGAUUGACCCCCACCUUCAUGGUUUAAAUGACCUGGGCAUUGAUAGGCCGUCUAAAGCUUGCCUAUCAUUCUUCGAGAAAAAUUACAACUUGGAGCCAGUUCGUGUGGGCAUCGACCAUGACUUUUGUGUGUUUUCAGACGGAGCGCUGUCUACAUCUCCUUACCAGACUUCCCAUGGAAAUGUUGCGACGGCUUCCAAAGCGACUUCCAUAUACUAUGACAAAAAUUAAUUUCUAGUUCCAAAGUGUAAUAACAACGACAUAGCCAUCAUAGAUUAUUAUGUAAUAGAUGGAAAUCUACUGCAUUUUUACGUUCCAAUUUUUUUUUUUUUAUUCCUUGU